AAUACUUAUUUUUAUUUGAUAAUAACCUUACUUUCAACAAAAGUUGUUUCGUAAAAGUAAAAACAAAUUAAAAUAAAUCUUUAUUGUACUAUUAUAUUUUUUAAUGUUUUUUACAUAAUGCCACAAGAAUUUCACGUUGUUCGAUGUUUUAAAUGUGAAGCUUUUCAGGUACAUAUUGUGAAAAAAGUUCCGAAAUGGGAAUGUAAGAUUUGUGGAGAAAAGCAGUCUGUACGACAGGUUUAUGGUAAAGGGACAGGAAAAGAUUGUCGUCUACACGUUCAAAAAUUAAAUGCAUUGCGAGCAGACGAAAUCCCAGAUAAUAUUGACGAAAUAAUCGUAACUGACGAAGAGUUUGAUGGAAGUUCAAGUAUCACAGAAGUUAAUGAUACAAUUUUACCCUCAAGCGAUGAGCCUAAACAAAGUAAAUGGGCUGAAUUUUUAGAUGAGGAGACUGAAACUAACGAUGAUAACAACAUAGAUGAAAAUAUUUACUCUUCGUCUAAAAGACUUAAACUUUCGGAUACAAAUGAUUGUAAUGAGACAUGUUCAGAGUUUAGGAAUCGAACUCACGAGGAAACAGACCAUAGAAUUCGAAAUCAAAGAACUAUAAGUUCGUAUUUUAACUCAGAUAAAACUAGAAAUCGAAAAGCCUAUAAAACAGAUAUGGUUCCAAUACAAUCGAAGCAUUCGAUAAAAAAUUUUAAACCGUCAACUACGAAAAUUACUUCUUAUAAUAAACAAAUUACAUCUCUACACAAUCCUAUCGAUCAAUCAUAUAGAAAAACUAUUUUUGAAUCGUUCAAGAAAACCGAUAGUACUCUCACUCAAAAUAUCGUUACAGAAAAUAAACCUGGAAUUGAAUCAGCAGAUUCAUUACAAUAUUUAAAACCGUCAAAUUCGAGCAGGACAUCUUAUUAUGAACAAAUUAAAUCUGAUCAUAAAACUACUGAUGUAUUAGUCAGAAAAACGGUUUUUGAAUCUUUUCAAGAUAACGAUAGUUUGGAUUCGAUUCUGGAUACCGAUUUUUAA